GAGGAGGAGGCUGCGAACAGAUGAUUGUGUUAGUAACAGACUACGGUAUGGAAGGAUCCUCCUGAACCUGCGGAGCGACUAACUCUGGUUGUGUCUGCGCUCGGCUCGGUGAAAUGACACCAGAACACGUUUCAUAGCAGGGAACCCGCAUUUCCAGCUGUCCUUGUGCGCAGGUCAGGUUGUCAGAGGAAUCACAAAGUCAGAUGGGUCAGGCACUGUGGAGGCUGCCUCCCAGACAACAGCAGCAGCUACAAGAAGAGCUAGCCGACCACCUGGCCGACCAAGGAGGAGGGGCAAGACGUGAACAAGGGAGAGAUGGUGGUCCUCAGAGGAGACCUCCACAGCACUGCUAUGGCCCCGACAUCUACCAUCUGCUGAGAACACGACGGGGAGGUAAAGAGCAGCAUGGUUUUAUAGAUUUGGAGAUGCUGCCCCCUGAGUUAGGCAUCACCAUCCUGUCGUACCUGAAUGCUACUGAUCUGUGCCUGGCCGGCUGCGUAUGGCAAGACCUGGGAAACGAUGAAUAUCUAUGGCAGGGACUGUGUAAGUCCACAUGGGGACACUGCUCCAUCUACAACAGAAGACUACCUGCUGGCUUCUCAUAUAGAAGAUUAUACCUACAGCUAGAUGAAGGCAGCCUGACGUUCAAUGCUAACCCACAGGAGGGUAUCAGUUAUUUCAUGUCUAAGGGCAUCCUGGUGGAUCAUCCCACCGAGCUGGCCAAGUUCAUUUUCUACACCAGACGUCUCAACUGGAAGAUGCUGAGGAUUUACCUGGAUGAAAGGCGGGACGUCCUCGACGAGUUGGUGACUCUCCACAACUUCAGCAACCAGUUCCUACCGAAUGCACUGCGGGAUUUCUUCCGACACAUCCACGCCCCGGAGGAGAGAGGAGAGUAUCUGGAAACCCUCAUCACCAAGUUCAGCCACAGGUUUUGCACCUGUAACCCCGGCCUUGUCCGAGAGCUGGGCCUCAGUCCUGAUGCUGUGUACGUGCUGUGCUACAGUCUGAUCCUCCUGUCCAUCGACCUCACCAGCCCGCACGUCAAAAACAAGAUGUCCAAGAGGGAGUUCAUCAGGAACACUCGCAGAGCGGCGCACAACGUGUCGGAUGACUUCGUCGGCCACCUCUACGAUAACAUCUACCUGAUCGGCCACGUGGCUGCGUAGCUCCGCCCACCAGCUGUCCAUACUGCACUGAAGAGUAGGAAUUGGUGAUUGAGUUCCUCUCCACGUCUGGAAAGUAUGGGGAAAAAAAACAAAACAAUUUUAACAAUUUUCACAUCCUUCAAGGAAAAUAAGUUGAUCUUUCUAGAAAGAUUAGAAAAACUAAUACAAUUUGCCACUCCACUGUGAGAAAGACUGCUACCAAAUACUAGGAUCUUAUUAGGAUCGAAUCAACGGUGUGAAACAUCUGGAAUGUCUAUCAAACCAAGUCACUGCAAAAAAGACAAAAAGACAAGCUCUGAUACUGCACUGAUGGAUAGGGACUACUGACCGGCGGAGGGAGGAGGAGGAGGAGGAGGAACGCUGCCCUCGGCUUGUUUCCGACGACAAGACAGUUCUGCUGAUUGGCCAGGAGCUGCUCGACAUGCAUCAGCAGGACACAGUCUGGCCCGUUCUGGUUGGCGGUGACACGGGACAGUAGAUGAAGGCGAAGACAAGGUCACGCUCUAAUGUCACUGGUGUAAGGAUGCAACGUAUGAGGCAUCCUGUAAAUCGGUUGGACUUAUCUGGUGGUUCUCUGUGGCUCAGAUCAGUCUGGUAGUGAGUGGAGGAAGAAAACAACACAGUGGGCCUCAUGCAAGAAAAACAUUCACAUUC